CGUUGCAAAACGCACUAUACAAAGAAUCAUGCCUUCCAGUCGUGCAUCAUUGCUUCCCUUGUCACAUACUGUCCUUACCUGUGCACCGUAGAACUUCCGCUUGGAGAGGCAACCACCAGGGGCACUCAUUAAGUGCAGCCUUAACUCUAUUACAGCCGAACAAGCCAUAGAGCGCGUAUAAAAUGGCAUAGCCUCUUCGUUUACCCUGGGGUUCAUCUCAGCGCCUUGCGCACAGGAACGUUGUUAAGUCACGGCGGCCAGGCUCUGGCCGCCGCUCGUCUGUGCCUAAUAGACUUGCAGCGAGUUCGACUGCCCACUUUACACGAACCAUGUACCUAGCAGCACCACAGCUCGAACCUGUAUUGUUAAAGAGACUUGAAAACUGGCAAAGCUCAGGGAGUGCCCCGACGUUGGGCUUGGCACACUGUUUAACUGGCGUCCUUCAGGCUAACAGCAGUGCAGCGGGCUUGGAGUGGAGUAGUACGGAUGGACACGACGAAGCCCACCUAGAAAACGUGAAGGUGGACAUGCAAGAUGUCGCGCUGGCACAACAGCUGGAGGCCUGGCAGGCUUGGUUGUCAGCGGGCGGGGCAGUCAACAAACCCCAAUACUAUGCCGCCGCACACGCUCUAGUGCAGGACAUCCUUAGCUCCAUCCUCAACUGCUCCGAACCGCUAGUCCAGCAGAGCGCGCUGGACGCUGCAUGGCAGGAGGACGCGGCAGGGGGCAGCCAGCCCAUCCCUGCAGAGCGAUUUAAAGCCUCCCUGGCAGCCCUUGCCACUGGCUGCAGCGCUGACGGCACGCCGCAGGCAGCCGCGACCUGCCUGUCCAGCCUGCUGCAAGGCUUGAAGGGCCAGGCGACUCGGUGGCAGGGCUUGCUGGAAAGGUACAGCAGCGGCGCUGCUUCUGGAACCGCAGCGGAGACAGCAGCAGCGGGUGCAGGUGCAGGGGAUGACGAUAUCGACAUUGACGCGCUGCUGCGGGAAGACGAUGACGGGGCUCCAGAUGUGACCCCUGCCUCCGACAAGUCCCCGGCGUCCACUGCAGCCGGAGGCCUGCGCCAGCAGCAGCAGCCCUCAGCUUUCGCUGCUGCUGGCAAGACUGCCGCUGCCGACGGCGACGCAGCAGCAGCUGCCGGUGCUGAGGGUGAUGACGAGGAGGAUGACGCGUUGUUCGGGCUAUCCCGCACCGCCUCACAGGAGGCCUCCGCAGCCACGGCGGCAGUGGAUGCGGCUGCGGCGCGACGCGCCCGCCAGGUCUCAACCAAGUCGGCGUUUGACGAGGACAACCUGCCUCUCAGCGGGACCAACUCCGCAGACCUCGGGGAGCUUCCGGCGGACCUGGAUGCGGCCGUUCCGGAUCCCAACCUCAUGCACCACCUGGCAGGGGGUGGUGCUGCAGCGGGUAAUAAAACGGGUGCGCGGCAGCCUGCCCUCGCGGAGAUGAUGGCGAGUGAGGAGGGCAAGGGGCAUCUAGCUGAGCUGCCCACGGACCCCUUCAGCUGGGCGAACUUCAAGGAUAAGGACCGGCCGCCCCCGGGAGCUGGCGGGACGGCGCUCAGGGCGGGUGGCAGGAGCCAGGCGGCACCGCUGGUGCCGCUGCCUGGCCGUGGGGAUGCGGCGGGUGGCGGAAAGCAGGCGCCGGAUCAGCACUUGAAGGCGGCUAGAGGGGCGGAGGGAGGGCAGCCGCCGCUGUUGAAUGCGCGCACGGAUGGGCCGAAGGCCAAUCCGCUGCAUAAUGCGAUCAUUAACAGCAAUGCGGUACGACAGUCAGUGGACAGGGAGGCUACGGGUGCUGCGGUAAUAACCACGCCCAGUGGCGGCCCAAGCCGUCACGGCAGCAAUGGCAGUCCUGUACGACAACGCUCCAGCGCUUCAUCUUGUACACCAUCAUCACGUAAGGUUUCGGUUUCGGAGCCCGGACCCAUGGGUCCACAAGCGGAGUGGAAGCACCUACCGGCUCUGGGCCAGGCCUCGCGGCUGCACCCGCAUGAGUUGCGGAACGUGCCAGGGGCUCCCGGGUUACCGGGAGGCAAGCCGCCCUCCACAGCCCUGAUGGCCGCAGCGCUCGUCGAACCCAAGCUGCCCACCUUACCAUCCCUGGGCGGCGCACGCGGGCCGCCCCCUAAAGCCAUGGAGCUCCUUCGUAGACCCAGUCAGGCCGCACGAGCGGCGGAGCAGCACCCGGAUAACUCGCACCACGUGGGGCCUAAACCGCAUCUACCCGGGCUGAACGGGGGCCCGGGCGGGCUGAAGGGCGCGCCGGGGCCCCGUCAGUUCCGCAUGCCCAGUAAGAAGAGCUUCAGAGGGGACUGUAACUUUUAGGUUGAGCAUGCAGGGCGGCGGUGGCCUCGGAGUUGUUGUUGUUGUUGUGUGGGGCUGUGGUGGUUGUGACGUGGUGGUGGUUGCUGUUGCAGUUGAACUUGCAGCAGCUAGGUGGUUGCUUGGUUACUGUUGCAUCUGGCCUGUGUUGCUGUAGCCCCCUUUGCCGGGUUAGGAGGAGGAAAAUACUGCUUGCUUUCUGCGAAUUGUCUGACUUUUGACUUGGCAUGACUGUCGCUUCUCGCUCUUCUAUGCAUGACACGUCGUUGAUUGACCCUUCUUUGAACUGCCUGCUAUCUAAGCUGUCGACUAGGCAUUUUGGUGCAAAUAUUUGCUGCUGGUGUCAUGUGAAAUGUCAAGUACGGUACCAGUAUUGACCAGAGGUUGCGCUGUUCAUACUUUAUGAGUUCCCUUGUGUUAGCACGCAGUGCUGUCGCUUGCGCAGGUUGUCGAUGUCAGGGUUUCACGACGUUUGCGGAUGUGUAUGGCAGGUUGAGUAACAGGCAAAGGAUGCCCCGCACGAACGGAAUGCCAGGGCACUACUAGGCAAGCAACAAACGAAAACCUAAACAGUGAUUUUGGUAUGCGCAGUGUCUGGAUGGUGCCGCCCAUUCGGGGUACAUGGUUGAGACUCUGGUUGCGUGCUCGUUUGCGAGUACGGCAGAGGCCAGCUUCUGUUGCUUGUUUUGGCUAUCGUAGUACCGGUUUAGGAGGCCAUCUUAGGUGCGGUUCGGCAGGGGUUGCAGGUUGUUGGAUCUUACGGGUCCCCUUAUCGUGGAGGCCCCCCAAAUACUUCCUAACACAUCUCUGGCGCAAGCUGGGAUAUGUUUGCGUUGCGUCCAGCCCUGCACAUUCAUUACAUGGAAGCGGCAUUAAUGAGCUAUGUUUGCGCCCAAUGCCCGGUUGAUACGUGACUUCUUGCGCUACCCCUGGAGUGGAGGCUUCCUUGUGUUGAUGUUGUUUACCAAAGGAAGUGGCCAUUGCUGGGGUUGUGUGCGAUUGGUAGAUGCAUUUCGCAAUUCCUUUGGAUGCCCCGUUUACCAUGUAUGCAUGAUUGGCUGGGCUUAAACCAUCUGCCCAGCCCUCGUUAGCUAAAGCUGCAUGGAAACCUAGUAACCUAGGUUUCUCCUCGGUUAGUGACUAGUCUAUUGUAAGCGAAUGCCAAUGCCA